AUGUCGAAGGUCAAUAGUCGAAAUGUCUCAAUAUCUUCGCUAUUGGAUUCAACAGCAUCGAAUCCGGAAAAGUCCAACCGUCCUCCAGCUCCACAAACUGCACCGGCGGCUGCGAUAGCCAAACAACAGAUCAAAAAGAAGCCAGAGUUUAUCAAGACUGCUUCGCCGAUCCAGCAGUUGGUGUCACGAUACCAGACAACGUUCAACGCCUCGGACGCGGACUCAAGCUCUGCUGGCGAAGUUGUUCCCGUGCAACACGUCGAUCUCAAGAAUAGGGCCCCGGGCAAUGGCCAUUCCAGCAAUAAACAGUCGAGUCGGUCACUGGAAGCCACGCUGGCUUCACGCGCCCCCCUGGUCAAGAAGCAGUCACUGAAUAUAGCCAGCCAAGUGAAACGCUUUCAAACGCACUUUCAAGUCGGUUUGAGCCCGCUGUCGUCUUUGCAACCAAAGAGUAAAACAUCCAUCAACUCCAUCAUCAACCUAGACGACUCGGCUCCCACCACUUUGCCACUUACCCCAUCACAAACGAAUGAAAUACUCAACAGUCAUAGUCUCAUCAAGAGGAAAAUCCCACUUGUUGCCCUGGAUCUGAAACGAAGGAAAGGCGCAACACCUGAGCUACAAAAGAGCCCGUCGCUAUUGAGCAGACAACAACUGACACUACUGCAGUUUCAACAGAUUCUGCUGCGCAAAGUUCCCACUCCGCCAGAUGUACCGACAAAGAAACCACUACAGUCGGGUAUGACUACGGAAAAAUCCGAUCUCCAGCCGGUGGUGAAGUUGAGCGCACCCUCGGUGAUGGACUUGUUGAAUCCAGAAGAAGAUCCACCAGCUGAAGAAACAGCAGUAGAGAAAGAAAAGGGGGGAAAAGAAGACAAGGACAAGGAGAAGCAGGAGGAAGAAAAAGAGAAAGAGAAAGUAGAUAAGGAAGAAGAGGAAGAGACAAUUGCUACUACUGCCACAACAUCUUCCACGAGUGAAGAGAAAUCCAAUAAGAAAAGAUCAGAGAAACCAGAAAAGGCAGUACUCGCCAAAGAAAAAGACUCGGAAAAGGAAAAAGAAAAAGAAAAAGAAAAAGAGAAGGAAAAGGAGAAAACAGAACCGCCAAUCAUAGCGUUAAACAUCCCACUUUUGGACCCCAAAAAUCCACAACCGGGCAAAGCAGAAGUUGUUGUCAACGUCCUCAAGCUCGCCGAGGAGAAAUAUGGCUGGUCUGUAUUGCACCCCAAGGCGAAAUCCGCCAUUGAUGUAGUUGACGACAUGAUAGAUGAUGAAGAAGACGACGAUAACGACGACGACGAUGACCUUAUAGAUGACGACAAACAGCAACAACAACAACAACAACAACAGCAGCAGCAGCAGCAAUCUGGUGCAACGGCGCUGGCACAAGCACGAAAUAAAGAACUCAGCGAAGAGCAAUUGGUGCGACAGCACGAGAUCAAAAUGAUUCGAAAAGUCGGCAAAUACGACUUUGAGGACCCCUUCAUUGAUGACGUUGAACUACAAAUGGAAGAAGAAAUCUCCAGUACAAAAGAGGGCUUCUUUGUUUACUGGGGACCACUAAUAGAUGAUAGAAACUCGGGAAAGAAAAGCAUAGCGAAGAAAAAGUAG